UCCUCUUUUUUCGCGUCUCUGCUUUCUUUGCUUUGCCUUUCAAUUUCAAAUAUUUUUGCCUUCUUUGUAUCUGUGGCAUUUCCUCCACGCAAUCUUUGCGGAGACCAACCCCAGAGGAAAAAAAACUCUCAAACCCUCUUCAAUUUGGGGCUAGUUGGUGAUUCUGUUGUGCAGAGGUGUUCGUUAAUUAUAUAUUUGCCAAAGCUUUUAGUAUACAUUACUUCAUUAUUAUUUAACGUGCAUCGGAGCAUUGCUUGAGGGUUGAUUCUUUUGUGAAGUCAAGUAAGAUUCUGUAAAUACAGUUUGAGACUCGGAAGCCUUCAGUAGGGAAAUAACUAAAGCUUGUUCUCUUGUAGUUAUUACUGUGCGUGGAAGAUGACUGGUGUUAAGCGAAGAUUGUAUAGUGAUUCAGAUAUCCAUGCUCUUCACAAAGAAUUGGAUGAAGUUUCAUGUCCUAUUUGCAUGGAUCAUCCACAUAAUGCUGUUGUCCUUCACUGCAGCUCUUACGAAAAGGGCUGCAGAUCUUACAUCUGUGAUACAAGUUAUAGGCAUUCAAAUUGCUUGGACCGGUUUAAAAAAAUGCAGGCCAAUUCUAAGGACAGUUCAAAUUUUUCCAGUUCUUUAGUAAACACAAACAACUCUGGUAAUAGUUCUGAUAUUAAUCUCAAUAUGCAACCUGACUUGAAUGAUGGUAAUGAAAAUCACCAAAUUGAAAUCAAUACUGUAUUGUCUGUUGGAUUGCUUCGAGGAUCAAGACAGGGUGAUGUUCAAGAUCCAAGUAGACAUUUCAACUCACCUAAUGAAGGCAUUUUAGAAACUGUUGAUUCUGAGACCUUGCAGGACAGGGCUGAGCAUGAGGAGUUAGAUGUGGAUAAUUCAUCCGAGUCAAAAUUGAGCUUGAAAUGUCCCUUAUGUCGAGGAACAGUGCUGGGUUGGGAGGUGGUUGAAGAGGCAAGAAAUUAUCUCAAUUUGAAGAAGAGAAGUUGCUCAAGGGAAUCUUGCUCUUUUGUUGGUAAUUAUCUUGAAUUGCGUCGGCAUGCUAGGAGAGUUCACCCAACAACCCGUCCCUCUGAUGUUGAUCCUUCAAGGGUAAGAGCCUGGCGACAUCUUGAACGACAGAGGGAAUAUGGUGAUAUUGUUAGUGCUGUUCGGUCUGCCAUGCCUGGUGCUGUGGUUGUGGGUGAUUAUGUCAUUGAAAAUGGAGAUGGCAGGUUCUCAAGUGAUCGAGAAGGCAGCAUGGGCGAUUCUAAUGGUGGGCCGUGGUGGACAACCCUCUUCUUGUUUCAGAUGCUUGGUUCAAUUGAAAAUGGGCGGGAGCCAAGGCCUCGUUCAAGAGCAUGGACGAGGUAUCGUCGACCAGCAGGAGGUUCUUCUGACCGACGCUAUCUGUGGGGCGAGAAUUUGUUGGGUCUUCAUGACAGUCAUGAUGCUGGUGAAGAUUUGCGCAUAUUUAGUGAUGCAGGUGAAGAUGCAUCUCCUGUACCAAGAAGACGGCGACGCUUGACCCGAACAAGGUCCAAUGGAGAUCGUUCAUGAGGUUUGCUGAUGGCCAUCAAUGUUUCUGGGUGCAGAACAUGAUUCAAGUGCUAGCUCUGGUCUUGUGGAGCGUGUUGAUGAUGCUUAUCUGGAAUGAAAUCAGGGAGUUCGAGGAGCGAGUUUCUUCUCAUCCUGGUAUCUAGGAUUUUCAUAAAGGUCUCUUCUGCCAACCGAGCACUUAGCUUUGGGGGAUGUCAAAGUUGUUGGCAAUUUGUGGGUUUGUGAAUUAUAGUCAUAUUUGGAUUGUCCCCAGGGGGUUUUUUGUUUUUUGUUUUUUUUAAAAAAGCAAUCAUAAUCUAUCAACUAAUUUUAUACUACCGAUGUAUAUUUGCCAAUCUUUCUAUCGAUUGAACCAUUGUUUCCA